CAACCCGAUCUGCUGCUUUAGGGAUCGAGACCGGUGGCGGAGGACGAGGCAGAGGCCGCGGACCUUCGACCGAGCGAGAGAUGACCAGAAGGUGCUCACACUGCAGCCACGAUGGGCACAACUCGAGGACGUGUCCCGACCGGGGACUGAUGUUGUUUGGGGUCCGGCUCACCGGUGGGACGAUCCGGAAGAGCGCCAGCAUGGGGAAUCUCCCUCUCGCCUCUGGAUCCAUCCGGAAGAGUGCCAGCAUGGGGAAUCUCCUCCUCGCCUCUGGAUCCGGUGGCGGCGCGUCGCCCCCCGACGGGCAUGAGCCGGCCGCUGCAGCCGAUGGAUACGCUUCGGAGGAUUUGGGCCAGGGGCCGUCAUUGAGCGCCCGCGAGCGCAAGAAAGGUACUCCAUGGACAGAAGAAGAGCAUAGGAGGUUUCUGCUUGGCUUGAAAAAGCUUGGCAAAGGUGAUUGGCGUGGGAUAUCCCGCAACUAUGUGAUAUCAAGAACACCUACUCAAGUGGCUAGCCAUGCUCAAAAGUACUUUAUUCGCCAAACCAAUAUGAAUAGAAGAAAGAGAAGAUCAAGUCUAUUUGAUAUGGUGCCUGAUGAGCCUGUUGAACCUCAAUCCAUUCCAGUGAAUUGCCAAGAAACAGAGACUCAGAACAAAAAUAUACACCAAGUAGCUCCAGUGUUGGAUGAAGAGUGCAAACCGGUGGAGGACGCUAACAACAAAGUUGCUGGAGGGGCGAAAGAGCAACAACCAGAAAUUGCACACUGCAGUUACCCACUGCCGCUUCCUGCUUAUUUUCCACCGUUUGUGCCAUUUUCGUUCUGCGUAUGGCCAGGUUAUGCAGCAGAUACUUCAGAGCGGCAAGCUUACGAGAUCAUUAGGCCAACUGCAAUACACACAAAGAAUCCCAUAAAGGUCGAUGAUGUCGUGGGCAUGUCAAAACUGAGCUUAAAAGAGCAACUGGGAGAAACAGCAUCUGCGCCAUUGACAUUGGACUUAUUGGGAGGGUCAAACAGGCAAUCUGCUUUUCAUUCUAAUCCACCCACCAGGGCUCACUCAUGAUAAACUUUAUGAUAUGAUAAGCCUCAACCUUUUUCUUGUUAAUAGAAAGGUGAAACUGACCGAGUCAUGGACAACUCUUACAGUUCAGUUAGGUUUAUGAAUAUGUCUCAUUUUCA